ACAUCAAAUUUGAAGGAAUUUGUUGUUCUAUUAAUCAACAAUUACUUAACAUCAUGUAUAGUCUCGUAGCUAAAAUAUGAAGAGAAUGAUAUGUACACAAUUUUACUCGAAAGUUUACGAAAGUCAAAAAUGUUGUAUGAAAGAACUUCAUAAAUAUCCAAAAAUUGAAGAUACAAACCAAUAAAUUAUAUUUUAUACAAAAAUAAACUACAAAUUUGUGAGUACCUAAUUUGUGAGUACAAAUAAAUAAGGUAGGUCCAAAAAAAUGAAAACAACCACCAAUUUUAGAUAAUAUAUAUAUAUAUAAAGGGGCAUUGCCCACAAUAAAAAUUCAUUACUUUUAAAGGACUUUAAGACCAAUGACAGCUCAAUAGGAUGUAUCUACUUCUCAACACUUUCCUAACAUCUCAUGCAUAAUUAAUUUUGUUAGCCAUGAACCACAUAAUUCACAUAAAUUUACAUGGGUCCAACCAAAUCAAAAUACUAUAUUUCUAUUUGUUAUAGUGUUAAUAUUAGUUAUAGUUCUAUGUCAAAUGGUGGAGAAGUUAUUUAGAAACUAAAAUCAUAAAAGAUAUUAUGAUAUGAAAAUAUAUACUUAUGCUUCAAGGAAUAUUAGGUUUUUUGUUUUGAGGGGCAUAAGUAAAAGAAACACAAAAUAAGGGAAUUUCUUAUGGAUUGGAUCAAGAUUUUCUGGGUCAUGACUUGGAGGAAAUUAUGAUACGAAAAUAUAUACAAAUGAAUCGAGUCUCGAUUUUUGGAUUGGGUGUUGAGCUCCAAAUCAGGGUUAGGUCCUGUCCCUAGACGAGGUUGGGAUCGGGUCAUCGAGUCGAGGAUUUUAGUUCAAGUCCCUAAUAAGGCGCUGAGGGCUAGGGUCAGAUCCUAUAUUUGGGUCGGGGUCGAUGAGGAGUUUCAUGUUGAGGUUGGGAUCAUGAAUGUCAAGGGUCAGAGUUUGGGUCUCAAGUCAUGUCAAGACGAGCGUAAAGAGAGUUAGACUAAAUAGAAUUCAUAUUAUCUUUCUUUCAUACUAUCUUUCUUCCGAAUAUUGAUUACCGAGAAUUUGAACAAACAACGUAUACCAUUGACAAAAAAUCAUCAUCAAUAAUCAAUUUCGCAACUUUAAUCAAUGAAUUAGGUAACGAAGCAAAAUCGAGUUUAAAUUUGAAGGGUCUUUCUUUAUCUUCAAACCAAGUCAGUCAGGCUAAGGGUCAAGUCCCUAGUCGAGGUUAGGGUUGAACUUAGGUCCCCAAUCGAAGUUUGGGUCAAGAUACUCUUUGGUUGAUUAAGGUUUAAGGUUCAGAUCUUGAGUCGAGGUCAGUCGAGUCUGAGGUCAGAUCAAAUCCCGAGUCAAGGUCAAGGUUAGAAUUGAGAUAAUUAUUGAAGUGUGUCUUGGAUAAAGUUUGGACAAAAACUAUUAUUAAAACCACACAAUUGAGAUAAGAAGGGGAAGCCCUAAUAUUCUACAAUAUGUGAGCCAAUUAUUGAAAUAUAGGGUGGGAAAGUAGAGUUGAUACCUUAAAAAAUCCCAAAAUUAUAUUAAAAUAUCUCUUGUGAGAUAAUCUUAAGAGUUGAUAACUUACAAAUCCCUAAAUUAAUUAUAUCCAUAUUUUGUCAAUUCAAUAUUAAAUUAAUAGGGUGGUGUCCUUUUCUCCUUGAACUAUAAUAAUUUCUAUCUAAAUUAUAAACGGAUUAAGGGGAUCUUCACACAAUUCAUUAUUUACUCUUUCUAAUCGAUAUACAUAGAUUAUACAUUGAUUAAAACAAUCGUAAUUUAAAUUAAUUCUACGAACCAGCUACUAUUAACCAUAUAAUACUUGAACUAAAAAACUAUUUCUUCUCUUUCUCCCCUCAACCAUCCGAUAUAAACGGAGGUUAAAUAUACACCAUUUGUUAAUAGUAAAAUGAAUCGAAUCGAUGAAUAUUCGUGUUAUUCUUCUUCUUUCAUCCCUAAUUCAAAGGAAGAUAGAGAAAACACUCCAUAAUUAACUGAUCUUAUGUACAAGUUAAGAGAAAAAGGAAAUUAUGGGAACAUAUAGAUCAGAGGAAGAUUAUGAUUACUUGUUCAAGGUGGUGUUAAUAGGGGAUUCUGGUGUUGGUAAAUCGAAUUUGCUAUCGCGAUUUACCAAAAACGAAUUCAGCCAACAAUCUAAGUCGACUAUUGGCGUUGAAUUCGCCACCCGAACCAUUCAUGUUGAUGACAAGAUUGUCAAAGCCCAGAUAUGGGACACUGCUGGCCAAGAAAGGUACAGGGCUAUCACAAGUGCUUAUUAUAGAGGAGCAGUUGGUGCCUUACUUGUUUACGAUAUUACUCGCCAUGUAACAUUUGAGAAUGUUGCGAGAUGGCUCAAGGAGCUCAGAGAUCAUACAGACCAGAGCAUUGUUGUCAUGCUGGUCGGGAACAAGGCAGAUCUCCGUCACCUGCGUGCUGUUCCCACAGACGAAUCAAAGGGAUUUGCAGAAAGAGAGAAUACCUUCUUCAUGGAAACAUCAGCUCUUGAGGCGCUGAAUGUUGAAAACGCCUUCACAGAAGUGUUGACUCAGAUUUACAGGGUGGUUAGCAAGAAGGCUCUUGAUGCAGGAGACGAUCCAGCAUCUUUGCCUGCAGGACAAACGAUCCACAUUGGAAAUGACGUAUCUGCUGUUAAGAAAGGCGGUUGUUGUUCCAGUUGAGCAAGGAUCAACCACUCACUACUACAUUUCUCAGAAAUGCAGAUAGAUGAACUGCAGAAAAAUGCAGGAAUGCGAGAAUUUCAGGUUUCCUGUACAAAAUUGUAUAGCACUCCCCACUCUAAGAAGUUGUAACUUGGCGGAAAGAAAAAUUUGAAGAACUGAGGUGGGGAAAUGGGGGAUGGAAGUAAAAUUUUGCUUAAGAACCA